AUGGCUAUGAUUGAAAAAUCUGCGGAUGUCAAAGUAGGAGAUCUUAACAAGCCAUUUUGGUUCAACGGUACUCAUUUCAAGAGAUGGAAGGAUAAAGUACUUUUCUACGUAGGUCUUCUCAAUGUUUCUUAUGUGUUAACUGAGAAGAAUCCAAACAAAGUAGAUAACUCUUCCAUGAAUGAUGAAGAACUUAUUUCUCUUCAAGAAAAAGUUGAAAAAGUAAAUAUGAUACUGAGGAGGCUGGAGCGAAAAGAAUAUGCUGCUAGUAGAUUUUUUCGUUUCCAAAUGGUGGACAAAAAGUCAGUGAAGGAAUUUCAAAAAAUUAUGCGCCACAAACAAAAGGAAACUUCGCUUGAGAUGUUGAUUAUGCGAAUCCGCAUGGAAGAAGAGGCAAGGGGCCAAGAUGCGCUUUUGCAAACGGAAAAGAGCAACUUAAAACCCAUCACAAAUAAGAAUAAAGAAAAUGAUGACUUUGAGUUAAGAAGAAGUAAAAGAGCUAGAGUAGAAAAAGAUUUUGGUCCUGAUUUUUAUGUUUUUAAUGUUGGAGAUGACCCUCUCACUUUACAAGAAGUUUUGUCUUCACAUGAUGCUAUUUUUUGGAAAGAGGCUGUAAAUGAUGAAAUGGAAUCACUUAUUUUCAAUAAAACUAGGAAGUUAGUUGAGUUACCACCGGGAUGUAAAACAAUUGGGUGCAAAUGGGUCCUAAGAAAAAAGUUAAAACCUGAUGGUUCUGUUGAUAAAUAUAAGGCUAGAUUGGUUGCUAAAGGUUUUAAACAACUAGAAGGCCUAGAAGUUUUUGAUAUUUUUUCUCCGGUAACUAUAAUUACAUCCGGUUACUUUUAA